AUGGGUGUGCAGACUGAUACCUGGGAUAUGGUAAUUAACUAUUUAGUUGUGUCGAAGUUGGAUGCUGAAACAAUAAAACUGUGGGAACAACAAAUUAGUAUAACCUGUAAUAACGACAUACCCUGUUGGUCGGAAUUGAAAGCAUUUCUAGAAGCGAGGUUCAGAGCUUUAGAUAUGAUAGAGAGUACUAAAAUUAAAACAGUGCAACCCAAAUCAGUAGCGAAACCUAAGGUUUUCCAUUCAAAAGUUUCCAGCAGCAGCGGCGGAAAAGGGCCCGAAGCAAAAUGUGCCUUGUGUGAUGGUGAACAUUACAUCUAUUCUUGUGAGAAAUUUGGAGAAAAAGCACCAAAACAACGGCAAGAAUUUGUGCAGACGAAGAAACUAUGCUUCAAUUGCUUGGCGCCUUCACACUCCGUGAGCAAGUGUCGACAGUCGUCGUGUUGCAGAAAAUGUGGACGGCGUCAUCACACCCUUCUGCAUUUCGAGAGAGGACAAUACAUCGAGAAACCAAAGCAAGGUGAAACUUCAAGUUCAGGUAUAGCGAACGACAAAUCUACAGGUAUUUCUGAGUGGUCAGAGUUGAAAGAUUUAGAGCUAGCUGACCCAGGAUUUGCAACACUAGGGAGAAUAGACAUUCUCCUUGGAGCCGAGGUGUACAGCGACGUCUUGUUAGACGGCGUUAUCAAACAUCCUUUAAGUAAUCUUUUAGCACAAAACACAAUGUUAGGUUGGCUGAAAGAAGAUGAAAUGCUUAAGUUAUUUUGGGAGCUAGAGAACGAGCCAAACAUAAUACAAAAAAGAUUGUCAAAGGAAGAAGAAAGAUGUGAAGAGUAUUACGAAGCUACAACGACCAGAGACAUGGAAGGAAGAUAUGUGGUAAGAUUACCAUUCAAGGACCAUCACCCAGAAGGUAAACCUAAUGGAUUAAAGGAAAUAGCUGCAAAAAGGUUUGAGUUACUAGAGAAGAAAUUCGCUAAAAAUAGUAAAUAUCAUGAAGAAUACAGCAAGGUUUUGGAAGAAUACAUUGAUUUAAAUCACAUGAUUGAAGUGGAGCCUAAGGAUAUCAAUAAUUCUAAAGCAGUGUAUUUACCUCACCAUGGCGUUAUAAGAGCAGAUAAGGAUACAACAAAACUUCGAGUAGUCUUUGAUGCUUCGUGUUAUGGUACUAACCAUGUUUCUUUGAACGACAAUAUGCUUGUGGGUCCUAAGCUGCAACAGGAUUUACGUCACAUACUGAUGAGAUGGAGGACACAUAGAGUCUGCAUGACGGCAGAUAUUAUAAAAAUGUAUAGAAUGGUGCGAGUAGCAGAAGAAGAUACAGAUUAUCAAAGGUUACUAUGGAGACCAACGACGAGAAGCGAGACGGAAGAUGAAGCUAUUAGUAUUUACAAGGACAUGAACAAACUACUGAACUUAGGAGGCUUCGAGUUACAAAAGUGGAGCAGUAAUAAUGAAAACGUACUCAAAUAUAUGGGUAUAAAUAAAAGAGAUGAUCAUGAGCUGCCCCUUAAAGUGAAUAGUUUAGUUAAAGUCCUAGGAGUUAAUUGGAAUCGAGAGACAGACAAUUUUGUGUAUUCCCUCAACUUACCAGAAACAAAGGAGCCGAUUACUAAACGACGUGUUCUUUCCGAUGUUGCUAAAUUAUAUGAUCCUCUGGGCUGGAUAGCUCCUGUUGUUGUCAUAGCAAAAUUUAUGAUACAGAAGUUAUGGAAAAUGGGACUAGGAUGGGACGACACCAUAAGCGAAGAGCUGACGUCAGAAUGGCUCCAGUUCAGAGAUAAUCUAGCUCACAUUAAAAGUGUUUCCAUACCGAGGUGGUUACAAUGUUCCAACACAUCUACAAUCGAGCUGCACGUCUUCGCAGAUGCUUCGCAGGCAGAAUAA